AGACCGACAUCUUCACAUCAGGAGCGACGCAUAUGGCUUUGCUGCACAACUCAAUCCUCCGUGGCUACAACUCCAUCUAUCACCAGGCCCCGAUCGUCCUCGACCAGGACAAGGCCGCCUUUGUCGGCUACUGCCUCGCCUGGUACAAGUUCGUCAAAUCCCACCAUGACGACGAAGAGGCGACACUGUUCACCAUGAUGGAGGAAGUGCUGCAAGACCAGACAAUAUUCGAAGAAACACACAAGGAACAUGAGUCAUUCCUUGCUGGCCUGGCCGAAUUCGAGAAGUACCUCACAGCACUAAAAAGCCCCUCCGAUUUCUCGGGCGACGAACUGUUGCGCAUUAUGCGGGGCUUCCAAGCCGACUUUGAGAACCACUUCCACAGCGAGAUCGCCACAAUUGCCAAGUUCUCAGAACACCCCAACGCGCCCAAGGAGGGCACGCCCGAGAACGCAGCAGCGGCAGCCACGUUCAAGGCGUGGGGGAAGAGCACCGUCACAAAAGCCGGCGUGACCGACGUGGUGCCCUUUUUCUUGCUCAACCUGGACCGCACUGCUGAGGGGGGGAUGUGGGCCAACUGGCCGCCCAUGCCAGCGCCGAUUCGGUGGGGGCUGAUCAAUCUCGCGGGUUCGAUACAUUACGGCUGGUGGAAGUUUGCCUCUUGCAACGCUGCAGGCCAGCCUCAAGAGUUGUGGGCAUUCCGGGCUGCGGAUAUGAAGGCGCAGCGAGAAGCCCAGGCUAAGAGCUGAGGC